AUGGACUCUGAAGAGGACUCAUCAUCAAUAACGUCUCUCUCCGAGAGAGUGGAGGAUGUGAAGGCACCCAAAAAACAACCAUGGAAAAAGCUUCUUUGGUAUAAACAGGAUUAUGAGGAUAAUUAUACUGACGCAUCGUUCUUGUCACAGUUGAAACGUAAUUCCACGGUGAUUAACUAUUCAUACUGGAAGCUCCUCUCAGACUUCACGCUAAUAGUACUCCAUCUCUCCAUAAUUAUGCUUGUCGUACUUGUAUUCUACGGCAUUUACAGGCUUAACUGGAAUCCCCUGGUCCCCGCUUUAUUAAGUUCAUCACUAACCGCGCUGUGCUUUAUUGUCUAUGUGAUCACAUUGAAAAUCAGAAGAAACAGAGAACUUAUCAAUUUGCAAAAGCUGAAGAUCGAGCAAUUGACCCGUCCAACACGAUACUCUAAAUUCAACUCAUCCAAAUCACUCCCCCCUUCUAGAUCGCCGUCGCCGUUUCCGCAUAAUUUAGAGCUCACGUCAAAAGAGCCUACAUUGGAUUUGGAGAGAUAUUUAAGAGAACCCAAUUCACCCGAUCUUUUCAACACUCUCAAAUCUGCUAUUCUUAUCCUACUCACAUUACUGACGUUUUCGCCUGUCUUAAAAUCGCUAACAAACUCUACUGCAUCAGAUUCCAUUUGGGCAUUGUCGACCUGGCUUUGUUUGCUCAAUGUACUAUUCCAUGAUUAUUCGAUUGACUUUUCGCAUACAGGUCGCCAGUCUGAGACCUUGAAUUUUGAGCUUCAGACGUCCAAUUCCAAUCUGUCGAAAAACAUCUCCCUGUCCAACGCCAUUGUGCUAGCGUCCAGACUUAACUCGAAUCUCAGCGCUUUCUGCUUCAUAGUUUUUUCGAUUGAGGUCUCUGGAUUGUUCCCUGUUUUCAACAACUUCACGCGGCGCUGUCAGUUUUGGGCAUUUCACUGGUUUCAGGUGGUAGCCAUCACUGUGGCAGUGGAUUUCGCGGUUUAUAAAAUAUUUGGUGUGGGCUGGUUCCUGCUAUGGGUGGGCCUGCAGUUUUCGAUAAUGGUGAUUGGACCAUGGCAUUUUAUCAUGUUGCAAAAGUACAAAGACGAACUACAAGGGCCGUGGGACCCGGCGAAACCCAUAUUCAAAACCAUUUAA